AUGGAACUUAUUAAAGUUUUACAUGAAGAAGCUUGGAACAGAGAAAAGAGAGAAUUUUUAAUGAGAGCAGAAAUCAAACCAUACUGUGGCAGCAGAAAUCCUGCUCAACUUAAUAUAUAG